UCCACCUCUUUUUUCUUCCACUCCUCUCCUCCUUCCUACAUCCCUCACUCCCUGCCUGCCUGCCUGUCAGAAGUCCCACAUAUCCCUAGAGGAUAAGAUGCCAUGGAGGCCACAGGAGGAACAGCGCUCUACGUCUGCUCUGUUCUCUUCAUCCUAACAGAAGUCAGCUCUGAGUUCAUCCACAUCCCGACAUUGGUCCAUCAUGGUAUUGAAGGGAAGUCUGUGCUCCUGUCUGUUGAGUCUCGCUUCCCGCUGGAUGAAGUUGAAAUCCAGGGAACUUGGUCCCACACCAGGCCGAGCGGCACCAGAACCACGUUGGUGACGUUUACCAAAGAGACUGCAAUCACUGACAUGACGUACCGCAACCACCUCCUCUUUAGAGAACCCAAUGUUUCUUUGCUAAUCCGGAAAUUAAACCGGGACGAUGAGGGGGAUUACCACCUGACCCUCAACAUACAGUUUCAUAACAAGACAGGGCUGGUUAUCAAGGAGGAAAGAACUGUGCAUGUAACAGUGGACGUCCCUGUGUCCACUCCAGUCAUUGAGAAGAGCCCAUCAUAUGCAGUUGUUGAAGACAAGGCAAAUGUAACCUGGGCUUGCUCUGUCGAGAGAGGAACAAGAGUUGUGUUCCAGUGGCUAAGGGACAACGUUGCACUAGGUCCAAGUGACAGAUACCACUUCUCCCAAGACAACUCAACAUUGUUAAUCAGUCCUGUUAGAAAGGAGGACAAGGGAACGUACCACUGUGUGGCCAGCAACGCUGUCAGCCAGGGCCGGCACAGCAGGGCCGUGGAGCUCAACGUCUACUAUGGCCCCUACAACCUGGAGGUGAACUCAGGCCAGGGCCUGCGGACAGGAGAGGUGUUCACCAUAAACCCCGGAGAACUGGUCUUCUUUGAAUGUCAGGCUGACUCCAACCCACCCAACAGCUACGUCUGGAUCUCUAAGAGCCGCAACUCUACCCAAGUCAUCACAGAGGGCCCGCGGCUGGAGGUGCGCUCCUACAGACUGGCCCAGGCUGAAGAGUACCUGUGCCGCGCCUUCAACAACGUGACACAGAAGCAGGACGAGGCCCAGUUUACUCUGGUGGUGGCCAGCUUAGGAACAGGGAAAGAGAAGCACAUCCAGGAGGGCAGCCCUGUCUCCCCUUUGGCAGCCAUCACCGUCUGCUCUUUGUUCGUCAUUGGCUGUAUGCUGCUGUUCUUCCUCAGGAGAACCUGCCACCCUAAGAGAGUGCUCAUGAGCAUUUACAACAGGCCGCUUUCAGAGCAGAAACGACCACAUCGUUCAGGUCAUGAAGAUGCAACAGAAGACUUUGGCAUCUACGAGUUUGUCUCCAUACCUGGGAAAAUGGAGUCUGCACAGGCAUCAUGCAGAUCUCUGGCUCGCCUGGAGUCAGUUCAGGAUAUGCACGCCACUAUCUACGAUGUGAUCAGACAUGUUCCUGAAACCCCCAGUCACAGUUUGCUGGAGUAAGCUGGAGAGUUAAAAAUGGAACUUACGGUCAUUUCACUUGAAGACUCCUGUGUAGCUUUAUUCUCUGCUGUCAAAGCUUGAAAUAAUGGUUUUGGUGGCCCGUUUUUUGCACAAGGGAUGAAGAAGACUUGUGUGAGUACACAACCUGAUCAUGCACUGUUGCUGUCCAGAGUCUGGGACAGAUGUUAAAUGACUUUUGCUGACAUUAUUGUGAGAUGAAAGUGUAAGUAUGCCUUGAAAUGUUUGAUUUUUUUUUUUUUAUGUGAAAGUAUAAUUGAAAUUAUUUUGUCUUUUUCAUUCAAAAAUUAAGAUCACUUCAGAUUAUAUUAAACCAAGCAACUUAGUUGAUAUUAUGAGUUACCUACAAGGUACCCAAUCUAUUUAAAGCAUAUGUUUAAUUUAAAUACUAAGGUUUUAAUUGCCAUUUUAAUAAUAUCCUUCUAAUUUAACAUUUCCGCCUAUGAGAGUCUUGUGAGACAAGUGUUAUAAUGAAUGCAUUUUCUUGUAUGAAAUAUAUUUAGGUUUAACUGUAAAUAUUGUACAUGGAUUAUACUGCAGAUUCUUUAUACAUAUUCAAUUUCUAUGUUUUGCUCCAAUCUAUUUAUUCCCAUAGAAACACUUAACCCUGUUUCCACAAAUGUAGCAUCAUUUUCUGCUCAACAUGGAUAUAAUGAAAUGCUGAAACAAGGAAAAGGAUUGAAGAUUCAUAAAUUAUUGUACAGUUUGCAUUCACAUGUUUGUUUUGUACUUUAUUAAAGA